CCCAACUGGGUAGUCCUAAACCAGGGCAUGGAGAUUGUGCAGUCCAUGAACAGUGAUCCUGGUCUGGCAGUUCUGGCAGUGGGAUACACGGCUUUUAAUGGAGUUGACUUCGAAGAGACCUUCCAUGUCAAUACCCAGACAGAUCAUGACUAUGCAGGCUUUAUCUUUGUCUAUCAGGAUAGCUCCAGCUUCUAUAUGGUCAUGUGGAAGCAGACGGAGCAGACCUACUGGCAGGCCACCCCAUUCCGAGCAGUUGCAGAACCUGGCAUUCAGCUCAAGGCUGUGAAGUCUAAGACAGGUCCAGGGGAGCAUCUCUGGAACUCCCCGUGGCACAUGGGGGAUACCAGCGACCAGAUCAGUCUGCUGUGGAAAGACUCCAGGAACGUGGGCUGGAAGGACAAGGUGUCCUACUGCUGGUUCCUACAGCACAGGCCACAAGUGGGCUACCUCAGGGUGCGAUUUUAUGAAAGCUCUGAGUUGGUGGCCAACUCUGGCGUCACCAUAGACACCACAAUGCGUGGAGGCCAACUUGGCAUUUUCUGCUUCUCUCAAGAAAACAUCAUCUGGUCCAACCUCAAGUAUGGCUGCAAUGACACCAUCCCUGAGGACUUCCAAGAGUUUGAAACCCAGAUUUUUGCCGCUUAG